AUGUCAAAUGAGUUGCAGAGCCAGCAUGAGGAUAUGCCUACUACCAAGGCCAUGAUUAUUCACCUGCAAGAGUUGUAUGGUGAGCAGAGCCACACUCUUAAGAAGCUGGAUAUUUCUAUUCAUAGGAAACUGCAAGUAGAUUUGAUCCUCCAAUCUCUUACUAGUUCAUUUGCUCAAUUUGUUAUGAACCAUAAUAUGAACAAAUUGAACUACACUUUAUCUAAGUUAAUAAAUAUAUUGGUAAGUAAUAAGAGGAUCUUGAAGAGUUCAAGGGGCAUUAUUCUAGCUAUGGAGCAGGCGUCUUCCUCCAAGAGAAAGUCUACUUGGAAGAAGAAGAAUCCUGUGAAGAAACAGAAAAAGGAGAAUAAGCCAAAGAAGACGGACACUCCAAAGAAGGCUGUUGUUG